AUGGACGGUGGCUUCGGCGCUCGAUGCUACCAUAUCGAUGACUCCACCGCCGCCACCGGUAUCCUCUCGAGGCGGCGCAAGUUGAGGGUUAAGCGCGAGCCCUACCCCCUCGACUACAACUACGACAACUUCUCCGACUUCCGCUCCCUUGCCGGCGGCAGCCGCCUCGACUCCGACGAUGACGGCUGGCUGGCGUACGAGGCCCCGCUCUUGCGAGGCAAGCGCCGCUGCACGGCCGUCUCGUCGUCCGCCGCCGCCGUCAACCCGGGCCUCACUGGAAGAUCUGCAUCCGCUCCAAAGGCGGCGCCUUUGGGGAAGGACGCGACUUGGGAGAAGUACGGUCGGGACAUGACGGCUGAGGCCGGCAAGAUGGACCCAGUGAUCGGACGCGACGACGAGAUCGACCGCGUCGUCUGCAUCCUCUGCCGCCGGACCAAGAACAGCGCCAUGCUCGUCGGCGCUCCCGGGGUCGGCAAGACGGCCAUCGCCGAGGGCCUGGCGCAGCGCAUCGCGGCAGGGGCGGUCCCUGCCCCGCUCGUUGGGGCGCGUGUCGUGGAGAUCGACCUCGGCGCGAUUGUUGCCAGGACCCAGUACCGCGGCAUGUUCGAGGAGCGCAUGAAGAAGGUGAUCCAGCAGGCGGAGGCUGCUAACGGCAAAGAUCGUGCUGUUCAUCGACGAGGGCCUAAAAAGAAAUAUGAAGAGCACCAUGGCGCUGCAAUCCAGGACGCGGCCAUAGUAGCAGCUGCCCAGCUUGCCAAUCGGUACAUUACAGGUCGCCAAUUUCCUGAUAAGGCCAUUGAUCUUAUUGAUGAAGCAUGUGCCACUGCAAGGAUGCAAAGAGAUAACAUAUUGAAAGGAAGUACAACACAUCUUCUCCCUGAAAAUGUGGCGAAUGAACCUAUUGUUUCACCAGGCCAAAUCGCAGAGGUUGUGAGUCGAUGGACUGGCAUUCCUGUCAAUACACUUGACCAGGAUGAGAAGGAAAGGUUAAUGCACCUGGCAGAUAGAUUGCGCGAGCGAGUUGUUGGCCAGGACGCAGCAGUUAAUUCAGUAGCACAAGCUGUGCUAAGGUCAAGGGCUGGUCUGGAUCAACCUGGCCAACCAAUAGGCUCUUUUCUUUUCUUGGGAUCAACUGGUGUUGGGAAGACAGAACUUGCAAAGGCUCUUGCGGAACAGCUGUUUGACAGUGAGAAGAUGUUGGUGCGGUUUGACAUGUCUGAAUUUGUUGGCACUCACUCGGUGCUACGUCUCAUUGGGGCACCUCCCAGCUGUCAUGGACAUCAGGAUGGAGGACAGCUAACCGAGAAAGUCAGGCAACAGCCAUACAGUGUAAUUCUCUUCGAUGAGAUUGAGAAGGCCGAUCCAGCAGUGUUUAAUGUUUUUCUUCAGCUUCUUGAUGAUGGUUUGUUGACUGAUGGUAAAGGCAGAACUGUUGAUUUUAAAAAUACCAUCAUCAUUAUGACUUCAAAUCUUGGAGCUGAGUACCUAAUGGAAGCAAUAUCUGGUGAAAAAACAAUGGAGGCUGCACGUGACCUUGUCAUUAAGCAGGCACAGAAACAUUUCAGACCUGAGUUCUUGAACAGGCUGAGCGAGCUUGUGGUAUUUGAGCCACUAUCCCAAGAUAAAAGGAGGGAGGUUGCUAACAUUCAUAUGAAAGGCAUCAUUGCUCGUGCAGCAAAUAAGGGCAUCACUCUAUCUGCAAGCGAUGCUGCUUUGGAUGUCGUCUUGUCAGAGUCCGACGACCCACAUUAUGGUGCAAGGCCAAUCAGGAGGUGGUUGCAAAAGAAUGUGAUGACAAAGCUCUCUGAGAUGCUUUUUAAAGGAGAAAUUGAUGCAGAUACCGCUGUCAUUAUUGAUGCUUGUGAUGAUAAGAAAUGUCUGAAGUAUGAAGUCGUGAAGAACGUGCCAACAAGCAAGGCACAGCGCCGUCGACUUGUUGUGGAGAUUCCUAGCGACUUCGACAGUGACGAUGAUGAUCCUAUAGCGAAAAAAUGA